UCCCCGAACUCCUGAAAAUGACGUCACUUCCUAGCAACGUAAAUAAAGAUGACAAGAUGGCCAGAAUGGUCGGAUUGUUGAAAGAAGUGGACGGAAUUGUCAAUGAAACAUACGAUAGGAACAAUGAAGCAGAAGAAAGGCGAGAAAAUGAAUUUCAGGCCGUGCUGAAAGUACAAGCCUGGUGGAGAGGACAAACAACAAGAGCUUACUUAACACAUUUGAAUCAGAGUGCUACUGCUGUACAAAGACGAUGGCGUGGAUUUCUUGGAAGGAAGCACUUCAGAGUUCUGCUGAAAAACAGUGUAUUUAUUAUGAAGUUGAACCACUACAAUUUAAUGGCCACAUUAAUCCAGAAAGUGUGGCGUGGUUACUACACAAGGAAAUACAUCUUCAAUUACUACAGCAGGAAGCGCUACCUUGAGGGCCUCGUCAUCAAGAACGAGUACGUCCGGAGGGAACUACAGCAGUUCAAAGAGGAGCAGGAUGAGAUGGAAGCAAAGAAGAAGGAGAUGGCAGAGUUAGACAAGUUGGAGAUGUGGGCGAGGAAGAGUCAUCACUUGCUGAGUACAGAGGUUCUCCCUGGGAUGUAUAAUUCUCCGUUCCUAAUGUAUCCGAAAGACGAAGAAUAUCUCCUCCAAAGAGCACGUCCGCUAAGUCACAAAAAGGAAAAGCCGGUGAUGGAACCAUUUGAUCCAACGUGUAAAAGUUACGGUCUACCACGGCCAAGGACAUUACCACCCUUGCCUCAGAAACCGCAGGGUCCUUUCAGAGAGCUUGAUGAUGUCCAAAAGCAACGAUACAAACCCUUCCAGCCGACAUUACGGGUGGCCACAGAUUAUUUCUCGGUCGAGAAAGCGAGGGAAUAUUUGAAACAAGACGAGUGGGUCACUAGGUUUAAUGAUGAUGUUUUCUUACCGUUUACAAGACAAAAAAUACCGUACGAACACCUUUUGCACUCGACAUCAAAAUAUGGGCACCUGCCAUACGGGACGAAAUACUUCCGACAUGAAUACCUUGACAAGCACAUCAGUUCUCAGCCCUUCCAGUCAGUUGUGCCACCCAUCCCAAUCUUGGAGAAAUUGAACGACACGUACUCGCAGGGUCAGGUGUAGCCAGCUCGUCACGUAAAACUCUUGUCAUCGAAUCAUUCGUCCAUACUCAUUACCCUCAUCCAUUAGGAACACUGCAAAAAGAACUAUGUUUAUGUGGAACUCCUUUUCUUGGUCACUGACUGUUUGAAUAUCUACAAUACUGUAAGCCCCAACAUUUUGGUUGCUGUUCAAUAUUUUGCAGUUAAAAAAAGGUAUGUCAUCAUUGAAGUGUCCAAUUAUUGAGAUUGGAAAAGAAAAUUACCUUCUGCAAAGAAUUGUAGGCACUAAAAUACAAAUCAAGCACAUAUGGGCAACUAAAUUGAGAUUUGCAUUUCAGAAGUCAGAAAUGUUGAUGUGUCCUAUUAAGUAACGUUGUUGUCUUCACUUAGUUGUCUCUUUGCCCUGAACUUAACCAAUUUUAAUGUAAAUUUUGUCAAAAAAAGAUGAAUUAAAUAUUUUG